CGUCUCUUCCUCCUCCUCGCGCCGUCGCUCUCGCCUUGCCUCGCUGUCGCUCGCUCCUCCCAAUCCGCGCUGCCCCCGUCCCUCCCUUCCCACACGCUCUGCCCUCCAAAUAAAGUAAACCCGCGCGAGCCGCCACCGGUGAGGCUCCCGUCGCCGUCCGUACCCCGGCUCCCGGCGACCGCCGCCACCACCACCCAGGGUCCCCGCUUCGUAGGCGAGGGGGGAGGAGGAGACGACGCCAUGGGGUUCUGGGAAGCCUUCCUCAACUGGCUCCGCAGUCUUUUUUUCAAGCAAGAGAUGGAGCUUUCCUUGAUAGGGCUUCAAAAUGCUGGGAAAACAUCGCUUGUGAAUGUCAUUGCUACAGGAGGCUUUAGUGAGGACAUGAUUCCUACUGUAGGAUUCAACAUGAGAAAGGUGACCAAAGGUAAUGUCACAAUAAAAUUGUGGGAUCUUGGAGGCCAGCCAAGAUUCCGUAGCAUGUGGGAGAGAUACUGUCGUGCAGUUUCUGCAAUUGUGUAUGUUGUGGAUGCAGCCGAUCGAGAGAACAUGGCUAUUGCCAAAAGCGAGCUCCAUGAUCUUCUGAGCAAGCCUUCUUUGACUGGGAUCCCAUUACUAGUCAUUGGCAAUAAAAUUGACAAACCUGAAGCUUUCCCUAAGCAAAGCUUCACAGACGUAAUGGGGCUAAAGACAAUCACUGACCGAGAAGUGGCAUGCUUCAUGAUAUCAUGCAAGAACUCGACAAACAUUGACUCUGUCAUCGACUGGCUCGUGAAGCACUCAAAAAAGAAGAAUUGAUCUAAAUUUUUAGCUUUUGAAGUACGCAGAUUCUCUCUUUUUGCAUGUUGCGUAGCACUUGGCCUGUAAAUUAUGCAAGAGUUAUUGUUGAUCAGGGAGGUUGUGUUCAUAAUUUUGUAACCUGCUUUGGCAUUAUAUUGGCAGACUGCAUCUGGUAUUGUGCACGCAUGUGCUUCCUUCCGACUUACAAGAGGUUCCACCCUCGUGUUGCAUACUUGCUUGGUGAAUUUGAAAUUAUGCGUGAUUUGUGGAUCAUAUUGUUUACUUUGGAUGAAACUAAAGGGAGACAAAAAUGUUGAUAAAUCGAUGCUGCAAUGAAUUGCAAAUUUGUGCU